GUGUGGGGAUUCUCAGUUCUCGCUUGCACUGCUCCCAACGAUGCGUUCUUCUCUCUACCUCCUGACCUUUCUCUACCUUCACUCCUGGGCAACAGCUGAGUGGUGUUACCAGACCCAGACCUGUGAUGACACAUGUAAAGACCCAAGGCACUGGGCUGCUCUGUUUCCCAGAUGUGGAGGGUUACGCCAGUCGCCAAUUAACAUCGUGACCAAUAGAGUGCAUUUCAACAGCGCCCUGCCUCCCUUCAGCUUCAUGGGACACACCGACCUUAUCAACAUUACUGUAGAGAACAAAGGACACUCUGCACACUUUGCUUUACCUCAGUCAGUGCGACUGACAGGAGGUGCUCUGCCGGGUCACUACAGAGCUGCACAGUUUCACUUCCACUGGGGAGGGAAUGGGAGACCGGGAUCAGAGCACACCAUUGAUGGAGAAAGGUUUCCCAUGGAGUUGCACAUAGUCCACAUUAAAGAACCAUAUGUCUCUCUGGAGGAGGCAGAACAUGAUAUGGCAGGUAUAGCUCUGCUUGCCUUUCUCUUUGAGGAAACAACAGAUGAUCAUCCUCAUCUAGACACAAUAAUUGCUGCGUUGGGUCAAGUACAAAACAAUGGCAGCAGCACUGUGAUCCCAAACUUUAGAUUGAGUUACAUCAUCCCAGCAGCCAAGGAUCUUCACAGUUAUUACCGCUAUGUGGGCUCCAUGACGACUCCGGGAUGUGAGCAGGCCGUUGCUUGGACUGUGUUUCAUAGGAUGCUGUCAAUUAGCAGUCGACAGCUGGAUGCCAUUGUUAAUCAGUGCCGAUUUCGGACAGGUCAACCUAUGACAGACAUCUUCAGACCCACGCAGCCUCUGGAUGGCAGAGUGGUAUUUAGCUCCAAGUCGGGUACAGCUCAAGGAAGUCUGAUCCAUAUGUGGUUCAGUGUUUUCUCAGUUCUGGUCAUGCAUAUUAUCCUAAUACAUAUUAUCUAGAACAUAUAACGCCCUGGUUCAGAAAAAAAGAAAUUGCUUUCCAAUAAAACAACAUUUAUAGAGAGUCCCCAAAGAGCCAGAAUAAUUAACCUAUUUUAAAGUAUAUAUCAGAAAAAGAUUGCAUACAUUUUUUAAUGACAUCAAUAAAUCGCAUACCCUACCCUGCUAUGGCAAAAACAAAUAAUUAAAAAAGAAAAUCCUUUCUCUAGAAAUGUUAUUUUAUAGAAAUAAUACACAAGUAUGGCAUGAAAAUGCACAAUAAAUCAGAGCUAUACAAGCCUUUUCAAUACCUUAAUAUUUAAAAGCAUUGUUCAUUUUACUUGUUGCUAAAGUUAGUAUUAACCAAACUGGAGCAUCCAAUGAGCCACUUUUGUUUCUAGAGCCAAGGGUUGUAUGUUUAUGCAAUGGACCAUGCCUUCAUGCCUGUUGUGUCUUAAGUAAUUUCCAUUUUGCAUAAUGACCAGCGUUUAGUGUGGUGUUCAACUUUAUUGUUUUAGAAUUUAAUAUUGAUUUAAACAUCCUCACUUCUUUUUUCCUUAUCUUGAUUCUGUGUUCCUCGGUCUUAGUGAUCCUGUUUGCUUUUUUAAAUGUUCUCUAACAAAAUAUUUUGAGGAUUUCAUGGAAAUGCUUUAUUUGUACUCCAUAGGACUC